GAGGAACGUGUUAGUGCAGAGGGUCCCAGGACAAGAAAGAGGAUUGGCGUGAACAACCAUGGCCGGGCACCGCUUCCCAGUACCCCGAUUCGAGGGCGUUUCGCAGGAGCAGUUCAUAGAGCACUUGUAUCCGCAGAGAAAACCUCUAGUGUUGGAAGGAAUUGAUUUGGGAGCGUGUACAAGCAAAUGGACAGUGGAUUACCUCAGCCAAAUCGGAGGGAGGAAAGAGGUGAAAAUUCAUGUUGCUGCAGUUGCCCAGAUGGACUUCAUUAGUAAAAACUUUGUAUAUAGAACUUUACCUUUUGACAAGUUGGUACAAAGGGCAGCUGAAGAAAAGCAUACGGAAUUCUUUAUUUCAGAGGAUGAGAAGUACUACCUCCGAUCACUUGGAGAAGACCCUAGAAAGGAUGUUGCAGAUAUCAGAAAGCAGUUUCCUUUAUUGGAAGGAGACAUUAAGUUUCCAAAAUUCUUCAAAGAAGAGCAGUUCUUUUCCAGUGUUUUUCGAAUCAGCUCACCAGGGUUACAGCUUUGGACACACUAUGAUGUAAUGGAUAACUUCUUAAUACAAGUGACAGGAAAAAAGCGUGUUGUUCUGUUCAGUCCUCGAGAUGCCCAAUAUUUAUAUUUAUCAGGUUCUAAAUCAGAAGUACUGAACAUAGAUAACCCAGACUUAGCUAAAUAUCCCCUGUUUUCCAAGGCUAGAAGGUACGAAUGUUCCCUUAAAGCUGGAGAUGUGCUAUUCAUUCCUGCUUUAUGGUUCCAUAAUGUAAUUUCUGAAGAGUUUGGAGUGGGAGUGAAUGUCUUUUGGAAGCACCUUCCAUCUGAAUGCUAUGAUAAAACGGAUACCUAUGGAAACAAAGAUCUGACGGCAGCAUCAAGAGCUGUACAAAUUUUGGACAGAGCCUUAAAAACACUGGCUGAAUUACCAGAGGAAUACAGGGACUUCUAUGCACGGCGAAUGGUCUUGCACAUUCAAGACAAAGCCUAUAGCAAGAACUUUGAAUGAAUAAGGAAAUGAAUGCAGUGAGCAUAAACUUUUAAAUACAGUUCAGCCCAAACAUUGGAAAAGUGUAACAAGAUGUAAAUUAGUUUUUUAAAGAUUUAAUCUGUUAAAAUAGGAAAGAUAAAUCAAUCUCGGAUUUACAGAUUUAGAAUGAAGGCAUGUUUGUGUGGUUUCUACUUAAUACAGAUUGUUAGGGCUUCCCUGGUGGCGCAGAUGGUAAAGAAUCAGCCUGCAAUGCAGGAGACCUGGGUUUGAUUCUUGGGUUGGAAAGAUCCCCUGGAGGAGGGCAUGGCAACCCACUCCAGUGUUCUUGCCUGGAGAAGCUCCGUGGAUAGAGGAGCCUGGCGGGCCACAGUCCAUGGGGUCACAGAGUCGGACACGACUGACUAAGCACAGCACACAUGAUUGUAAAGGUGCUGCGGUGGGGUAACCCGUUAGCUUUCAGAUGCAGAUAAUUAAAAAUCCAAGCUAAAGUGACCUAAACAGUAAGAAAAUCCACUGAAUCGUUAUACAUGAAGUUAACUGAUAAAAAGGGCUUCAGUACUUGGAUUCCAGUGACCCCGCAGGAGGGUCACCAAGAACCUCUGGGCUUUUCUUCUCCCUGCUGUUUUCAGCUGCAGCGUUGGCAUCAUCUGGUGCUGGCUACCCUCGUGGUCACGGGAUGUUUGCCAGCAGCAGUUGGGACUGUGUGCAUCUUCAUUGACAUGCAGUGCAGGAACCAGGGAGGGUUUCAGGGCCCUCUCUUAACAUGCAGCAGCUUUCCCGGAAUUUGCCACCAGAGGCUUGGGUCUCAUUGAUCUAAAGUGGCUUAGUUAGACCUGAUCCACCCGCAGGCCAGUCACUGGUAAAGGAUAUGGAAUAACUCACUCUUAGGUCAGUUGGGUCUACUGUAGCUGGAAGUGGAAUUCAUUUCCUCUGAGACACGGGAGGUAUUUAUGAGGGCAGAGUGGGUCAUUUUUAGAAUCAAUUUAGAUAAGGGGAAAAAAGUGGGCAACCAACAAUAUGUGUACUACAUUAAUCUUUUGAGCUUUUUAUAACUUACAGAUACAUAGGCCUCAUCUUUGUAGAGCAGUAUUUUGGGAGUUUGGCACAGGUAUCUAAGAGAUUUGUGGGGUUUCUGAUGCAUAAUUACCAUUGAGAACCCCGGGAUUAGGUAACAGUAAUUUGGACUGAGUUUUGUGAUUUGUCCAAAGCACCUGUUUAGUCUGACUGUGGUCCUCAUCGAGGUCUUCUUGGUGCGCAGUAAACGUCAUGCCUGCCCUUUUUCUCAGGUUUGAAUACUCUGACCUGUUUUAAUUUAUACCUGUGGCUAAACUUUAACCUCAUACAGGUUUUCCCCAUGAGAUGUUUUCUGCCUAUCCCCUUUUUAAAGAGAAAGUUUCUUUUAAGAACGCAUACACGAGAGAUCUCAAUAAUGCUGUCAUCACUGAAGACAGUGAGUGUCUGUAUGUGGAUCUAUGCUACUUUGUUUUGCACCUAGUAAUUAUAUUGCAGUGUUAUUGAAGAGAGACCAGAUAUAUUUACUGAACACAAAUGUGCUCAUAUAAAGCAAUCUGAUUACAUCGAUUUAGUGCAUUUCAAGUAUGGAGAAAAUUUUCUCUAAUAAAAAUGAUACAUUCACUCA